AAAUUAAAGCUAAAACCAAAAUGAUCGCCCUCUCAAGAUUUGGAUCCAACCCAUUUCCAUUUACAUUCCAUGUUCCAUCCAAACAGCUCUCUCUCUCUCUCUCUCUUCCCUUUCCCUCUCUCUCUAGUCUCUCGUAUGGAUAUUAUAUAAAGGAGAUGGUUUCAGACAAGAUUUCCCCCACCCCCACCCAUCCUCCUUUUUACUUCAAAAAGGGGAAGAAAAAACAGGGGAUCGGAACCCAACACAAUCACAAUGGGUUUCUCUUUCUUAUUCCGAGCUGCGUUUGCAGUGCUGCUUCUGUGCGUUUUGUUCCUCCAAACGCAAGCCCAGAUUUCGAACAGCAGUUGGGCCGCCGGAAAAGUGGCCGGAAAAUGCAACGUGUUCCAGGGGAAGUGGGUUUUCGACGCUUCGUACCCUCUCUACGACUCCUCCACUUGCCCCUUCGUAGAUCCGCAGUUCAACUGCCAGAAGUACGGCCGCCCCGACAAGUCGUACCUCAAGUAUCGCUGGCAGCCCCUCUCCUGCGCUCUCCCCAGGUUCAAUGGGCUGAAUUUUCUGGAGAAAUGGAGGGGGAAGAAAAUAAUGUUCGUGGGAGAUUCGUUGAGCUUGAACCAGUGGGAGUCUUUGGCUUGUAUGAUUCACGCAUGGGUUCCAAAUUCCAAGACCUCAUUCGUCAGAAGAGACGGCCUCUCUUCUGUUACUUUUCAGGAUUAUGGAGUUGAGCUAUGGCUGUUCCGAACGGCUUACCUGGUGGACAUGGUGAACGAGAAAAUCGGCCGAGUUCUGAAACUCGACUCAAUCCAGAGCGGCAACGCCUGGAGGGGAAUGGACAUGCUCAUCUUCAACACCUGGCACUGGUGGACCCACACCGGCUCCUCUCAGCCAUGGGAUUACAUUCAAGACGGCAACAGAGUGAUGAAGGACAUGAACCGCUACGUGGCUUACUACAAAGGCCUCACCACCUGGGCCCGGUGGGUCAACCUCAACGUCGAUCCUUCCAAAACCAAAGUCUUCUUCCUCGGAAUCUCCCCAACUCACUACAUUGGCAGGGACUGGAGCCAGCCCACGAAGUCCUGCUCCGGCGAAACAGAGCCCUACUUCGGGGCGCGGUAUCCGGCGGGG